AUGUCCAACGCCCCGCAAGAUACCUCAAAGAAGACAACAUCUACGCUGGCCGAAGGGAAUCAUGUAUUCCCACCAUUCUACGCUUGUUAUCUACUGCGUUCGUUGGCCGUUCUCAAUUCCCAAAGAACCUAUGUAGGAUCUACUCCGGACCCCCCUAGGCGAUUGAGGCAGCACAACGGCGAGCUGAAGCAAGGAGCAUGGCAAACGUCCCGCUUUCGCCCAUGGGAGAUGCAAAUGAUUGUCUACGGUUUCCCAAGCAAACUCACAGCCCUUCAAUUUGAAUGGGCAUGGCAACACCCAGAGCGUUCACGACACCUUCGACAGCUUGGCGCGCAGAAUGGGGCAGCCCCACUGUUCGCCAAGGACUCCAAGCGCAACUGGAUUCACCGUAAAGCCAUUGUUGCGCUCGCCCUCUUACGGUGCGACCCCUUCUCGUCCUUGCCACUCAACGUUCGCUGCUUUACGCCGGAAACAUAUGCGAUUAUGAACCAGCUUUGCCGACACUGCCAGGUCGUCCCUUACCCCUCGCCGUUUCCAAAGGACCAGGUCUCAUCACGUGUGUUGGACCAAGUCAUACUCUUGCCACCUCUUCGCCACGACGCGACGGUGUCUCUCGAUCGCAAGGGUAUCACCAAUACCAUUGCAGCAAAGCCUCGCGCCAGGUCCUCCGUCCCUCCUCGAACGGAUCAACUCGAACUUGACGACAAGUCGUUUCGAUCGGGUGCGUUGGUGUGGGGAAAGUGGCAGCGCGUGGCACGAUCGGCAGACAAGCAAGCUCUCAAAUGCCGUGUCUGUGAUGGCGAUGUAGACACACAAGACCAGCUCAGCUUUGCUGUGUGCACCUCCGUCGCGGCAGCAGGACUAGACCAUUGUCUCUGUGUGUCCCAUCUGACCUGCUUGGCGGACACGUCUAUGCAAGCCACAACUCAACAAAACGACCUGGUUCCACGGCAUGCGACUUGUCCCGGCUGCUUGACAUCCACGUCAUGGGGUGAGGUCGUCCGGGCUUGCUAUGGUAGGAAAAACGGGGUCAUGGCAGAACAAGGACGAUUGCAGACGCCGUCCGAGAGCGAUGACACGGUAGACUAG